AUGGCUCAUACAAUGAUUCUCACAGGGGCCUCAAGAGGCAUUGGGGCCUCUAUUGCCGAGUUCUAUCUCGCGCAGUCCCCGGACCACAAACUUGUAGCAGUAGCAAGAUCUCAAGCUGCUCUCGAGAACCUCGUGGCACAAUACGGUGACAGGGUGAAAAUCCUCGUGGCGGAUGUUUCGCAGCCGGAGACUGCCGAUAAGGCUGUGCAACUAGCAUUGGAGACCUUUGGCUCGAUAGAUUCUGUGAUUGCAAACGCCGGCAUCUUGGACCCCGUGGACUCCAUUGAGAACCUGGACGUUGCGAAGUGGCGCAAGCUUUUCGACAUCAACUUUUUCAGUGUCGUUGAGUUGGUCCAGGCUGCCCUUCCUCACUUGAAGAAAUCGCACGGCAGGGUCGUUGCGGUUCUGUCGGGCGCAUCCACUAGCCCAUACUAUGGGUGGGCUGCAUACGGCGCAUCCAAAGCAGCCUUGAACCAUUUCAUCUCCACCCUUGGCGAGGAGAAUCUUGACAUAUCAGCCAUCUCGGUAGCUCCGGGCGUCGUCGCCACUAACAUGCAAAAGGACAUCCGUGAGAAGUUUGGGAAGAACAUGUCCGAAAAAAGCUUGCAGAAGUUCAUGGAGUUGCACAAAAAUGGGCAGUUGUUGCCUCCAGAGAUCCCAGCCACUGUGUACACCAAUUUGGCGGUGAGAGGCUGGGCCAAAGAGCUCAAUGGGAGAUACUACCGGGUGCACGACGAGGUCUUGAAGAAAUACAUGUCUUGA